UCUAUUGACAGGGGCAGGGCAAUAAUCUAAUCAUUGUGGGAACUACGACCUUUUAAUAAUCUGCGGUUAGCACUAGUCGCUCAGUCAGGUCCAGUCUGCUAGUCGGCGAUGGUUCGGACGUUGCUUAUUACUUUGUGUGCAGUCGUGGGAGUGUUCGGUGGUUGCCACCACAGAAAUGGACCUCCUACAUGGAGUAAAUCCUAUACAGUUAGAGGAUACCUUUCUAUUCCUUAUGCUGAAUUAAAAGAAGACUUUCUCGCUUGGUUUGAUGCCUCUUCUGGUUCAUCGAGGGUUGAUUAUUAUGGAGGGAUGGUCAAAACUUACCAACUAAGCAAUAAGGGCUCAUUCGGAUCGAUGUUGAAGAUUGCACCUGUGACAACUGAAACUCAACUGAAUGUACCGACUUGCCUUCAAGUGAAUGGUACAAAAGAUGAGAAAGUUAAACCACAAGAUAUGUUACCUGACUUGACAAAUUUCCAGUGUUCUGGAACUGAAGUUGUAAAUGGCGUAGAAUGUGAAAAAUGGACGUUGAAAGAACAAGUCGGUGAAAAAAUGAAUAUGUACACGAUGUGGCUUCGCUGGAAGAAAUCGCCUAAAUCACCGAAGUUGGCUAGGGCUGUACCCGUCCAAUAUGAAAUGAAAGGCUACAACACACUACUGGGAUCUCAUUAUGAUCAUUACUACCUUCAAUAUGACAUGUUUUCUUUUGAUGUCCCAAGUCUUGAUGUGUUCAAAAUUAAUGACAACAUGACGUGCACACACUUCCCUGGACCUGGCAUCAAACAUUUGGCCACCUUCAACCCCAUGAAAGAAUUUAUUCACAAUGAAGAUAGACAUAUUGACCAUGCAUGGACCAACUUCAAAGACUCCAUGAUGAAGACUUAUGACAAUGAUACAGAGCACGAUAGGAGGAAGAUUGUAUUUAAGCAUAACUUUAGAUUUAUUAAUACAGUAAAUAGGGCAAACCGUGGCUACCAACUUGCCAUCAAUCAUUUGGCUGACAAGACUGAUGAUGAAAUUCAAGCUCUUCGUGGUAAACUAAGGUCUACUAAUCCAGUACAUAACGGAGGACAAAAAUUCCCUUAUUCUAAAGAAGAAAUUAAACAUAUUUUGAAGGAUGCCCCUGAUAACUUUGACUGGAGGUUGUACGGAGCUGUUACCCCUGUAAAAGAUCAAUCAGUUUGCGGAAGCUGCUGGAGCUUUGGAACAACGGGAACAAUCGAAGGAGCAUAUUUUCUCAAAACUGGCCACUUAGUACGACUCUCCCAGCAAGCACUAAUUGACUGUUCAUGGGGAUUUGGUAACAAUGGUUGUGAUGGAGGUGAAGAUUUCAGAAGUUACCAGUGGAUGAUGAAGCAUGGAGGUCUGCCGCUUGAAUCUGACUAUGGCAACUAUCUCGGCCAAGAUGGAAACUGUCAUGUAGAUAAAACACCUUUAACUGCCAAAAUCACCGGCUUUGUAAACGUAAAGAAUAAUGAUGAGGAUGCACUCAAAGUUGCUCUUUUCAAACACGGGCCAAUUUCAGUCGCUAUUGAUGCUGCGCACAAAACAUUUUCAUUUUAUUCAAAUGGAGUCUACUAUGAGCCAGAAUGCAAAAAUACUCCUGAAGGCCUUGACCAUUCUGUAUUAGCUGUAGGCUAUGGAACUUUGAAUGGAAAGAAAUACUGGCUAGUCAAGAACUCAUGGUCCAAUCUCUGGGGCAAUGACGGAUAUGUACUUAUGUCAACUAAAGACAACAACUGCGGUGUUAUGACAACGCCGACCUACGUUACAAUGUAAAUGCUGACAUUUUGUGAUUUUAUUGUAUUACCAUUUUUAAAUAUGUUUUAGAAGCUUAUGAAAUAAAAUUGUCUUUUUUUUCA